AUGACAAGAUGCACUGGCGAUGCCGAUUACAAUGUCGGCGAAGUGACUGAGAAUGUACCGAGUCCAUUGUCCGACGCUUGGAAUUAUACUAAUUAUUAUAGUAGGGGAUUUCGAACGAGGACUGGAUAUGAUUCACAUGGUCUUCUUGUCGCUCUGACCAAGUUGCAGAAACUAGGUCAAACCGACAAAAUGCAGCUAAUUGAAACCUCGCUAAACACAAAACUCCACCAUCUUGGUUCUCAUAUCUGUGAUGUAAAGACUCAAGUUCAAUUUUUCCAAAAUCAGCUGCCUUUAAAUUUCACCCAACACAAGAACUUUGGCAAGUUUGAAAAGAAUGCGAUGAAUAAGACAAAAAAGCACCUGGAGACCGGAUUGCCGGCUGCUGGAGGCCAGUUCUCCGAGGCCGGUCCGAGAGAAGUCGUCUGCCAAUCGCCACAGCCUCUGGCCACGAGUCCGGACAGCUCGAGUGGCGUCUCGACGAGCCGAUCUGAUGCGUCUUCCGGCUGCGCGGUUGCCGUCGCCUCCAUUCGUCCCCUCGGACGACUCUCCACGACGAGUCGUCUGAAAGUGGCGGCGAUUACUGGAGGCUCUUUGCGACGUCGAGAGCUCGGCCAUGCGUCGUUCAGGCCGACAGCGACGCCCAACGGCCUCGUGGUCACGGAACCCGGACGUCCGGUGUUGGGCGGAUUGCGCCGAAGGACGAAAAGAUGCCACCUGACGGCGCGAUCUCUUCGCCUCGCCGCACUCUCUCCCUCUCCCUCACCUCUUGCGCCACUCUUGAAGGGUCCGGCCGGAGGUGUCGGCGGCCGAGUGCCCUGCGCCGGAGACAUCAUUCGCCUCUUGCGACGUGUAGUCGCCUCGCCCCGCCUCAGCCUCCAGGACAAACUUGUCCUGCUGGCCGAGGUGGCCAGCCAAGUGGUCGUUAUGCACUGCCAACUGGCUGGCCAACCGAUGGCCGACGUCGCCAACGUCGCCAACAAGCCUGCCGGAGAAAACGAAACGGUCGAGACUGUCGAACGCGAAAAUGGCGCUCACGACACGAGGCAACCGUCCAUAAGCCCCAAAGCCGAAGUCAACAUGGAACUGGCCGGUCUUGCCAGCAUCGGGUCGCUUAGCGACAGCUUUCUUCAUCCGGAGGGCUCGAUAGUUGGCCUGACCUCCAAAGUCUGCAAGGUGAGGUCGAGUAGAAUCGAUCAGAACCUGCUGGUAUCGUGUUUGCAUGGGUGUUGCCAACUGAAAUACCCUUCGAGCAUCUAG